CGAAAAACGUGUGAAUUUUUGUUGGAAAUGGCGUCCAAUCUUGUCUAUAAUUAUGAAGAACGAGGACAUCGAAUUUCUUCAAGACAUCGAAUCAAUCCUUCUGCUACUAAACCCGAUACAUUGGGUCCAAGCACACGAUUUUAUAUGGGAGGAGGAAGUGACAUGAGUGAGGAAGAUCUUACUGAUUUACCAUCUUGUGCCUAUGCUGGCAGAUCAACACAGCACGUGACUACUCACACUUCUCCUCAUACUCAUUCACAUUCACCAUUGCAAUAUCACAUGCCAAUUUCUACCCAAGAUCACAAUGAGAACGAGAUCAAUGGAUUUGAGGAAGGAUAUUAUCCCAACGGAAGUCCUUACAGAAUCCAAAGGAAUGCAGCAAACAUCCGAGAACGUCGAAGAAUGCUAAGCAGCAUAAACUCGGCUUUCGAUGCACUUAGAGGCCACGUGCCAACAUUUCCCUACGAAAAAAGGUUGUCAAAAAUUGAUACACUACGACUGGCAAUAGCAUAUAUUGCAUUACUAACAGAAGUACUUAAAGUCAAAAAUGUUGAUCCUCUAACGUACAUUGAAAUGUGCCUCCGAGGUGAAAUGAGUAGUGAAAGAGCAGAAUGGAAUACCAGUGAUUUAAUGGCACGACUUGCUUGGAUAAACUGGGAAAAUCUGGGUGUAAAUCCAAACCGACGAUCGUCACUUACUACACUCACUUUAACUGCUGAUAAUCUCAAUUAAAUCCAAAAUUCACUGACAACAAUAAAUAUAUAUUAUGUUUCAUUAAUAUUCUUGUUGUAAAUAAUAUAUAUUGAUAAAGAGUGCCGAUAAAUUCAUUUUU